AUGGCGGACCCACCCGCGGGAGGGCCCGAGACCCCUCCCACAAACACGCAGGAAACCACCGCCAGCUUCACGGAGGACGACCUCGAAGCCAGAACCACCAUCGAAAGCCGGAAGCGAACCCGGAGUGGAGAUAUCUUCGCUCCGUCGGAUCCAGCCGGUCGAAUCACCACCAAGGAGGUGUGGAAACUGAUCAGCACCCUGAAGGACGUCAUCCGCCACCAAACCACGACCAUCGCAGCCACGCAAAACGAACCCCAGGAGAUCAAACACAAUCAGAAUGUCCUCCAGGAGCAGAACGAGAGGCUCCACGAGGAAGUGAAAGCACUACGGGAGCAGCUCGAGAGCGCCCCAGCAGUGACCGCGAGCAGGACCUGGGCAGCAGUCGUAGCCAAGGGCGGCAAUACCACACCCCCGCUGAACCACCAACAGUCUGAGAAAGAGCAAAACUGCGUCCGAAUCAGCACCCAGAGAACCUUUGUCGAUCCAAGAAACAAUGAAGACAGCGACGGAAACGCAUUUGGACGAUAUCUCCCCACCGAUGCCGUCAACACCCACAUUCGCACUGCAUUGCAGAGCGACGAUGCAACGCAAGACGCCCAAGUAGCGGGCAUUGGCACCACCAAGACCGGCUAUUUUAUUCGAUUCAAAAAUACGGAGUCGGCUGAAGCAGCGCGCAAUAACACUGGAUGGCUACACAAAUUAGGCAACAACACGAAACUGGUCAAACCGCGAUUCGGUGUUGUAGUCCACCGUACCCCUACCGAGGAAUUUGACCUGGAAACAGGGGCCGCCCAGGCAGCGGAGAAGAUCAGCAACGACAACGACCUGGCGGAACUCGGUUUCCAUAUCGACGAACUGGCCUGGAUAAAAGCGAAAGAUAAGGCCCUGGGGAAGUUCGCAUCGUUGGGAAUCUGGUUUGACUCCGCAGAAGGAGCGGAACACAUGCUGCGGAACGCCUUCCUUGUCAGCCAGCACUACAUUCCUUAUGUUGAGCGACGUGAGAUCAAGAAAAAGAGGAAACGCCACGAUGCGGACACUGUGCAGGACAACACGAGCGUGAACGAUGCCCACCGGGAGACCAGCGACCACCAACCCCCUCAGAUGCUAGAGAGAAACCUCCGUAUCCUACAGUUGAACAUGAUGAAAUCUGGACCAAGAAUGGAGGCACUGAUCAAUGAUCCUCAAAGCCAAGACCUGGAUGUCCUUCUGAUCCAGGAGCCGUCCAUCACCACGUACCGCACACACGUCAAUCACAGCGCCUGGCGACUAUAUCGGCCUACCGCACAGCUCGAUGCUGGUCGGUUUCGCAGCCUGAUCUACGUCAACAGACGAAUCUCCACCUCCUCACACCGUCAGAUACCAUGCGACCACCCAGAUAUCGCGGCCAUCAAGAUCUGGACAGCUAACUCUCAAACACUUCUCUUUUCUAUCUACAUUCCGCCAGUACCACUUUUCACCGGCGAUGACGCAUCGGCGUUGCCAGCCCUCACUGCGAUUCAGAGCUCCAUCGCAGCUACUACACAAAACGAGCAGCGGUCGACCAGUAUUAUUGUUUCUGGCGACUUCAACCGACACCAUCCGAUGUGGGGCGGCAAUCACGUCGCGCCCAGCUGCCUCCCCCGAGGCACGGCAACUUACUGGGCCUUGAACAACCCAGGACAAAACUCAACCAUUGAUCAGACCGUGACAAACAGCCCGAGCCUGCUCGUCAAAUGCCAUCUGUACCACGAGAACUACGGAUCUGACCACCGCGCCACCUACUCGGAAUGGAAUUUGCAGCCCCAGACUAAGCCAAGAACCAAAGCGAGGAAAGCGUACGGACGGGCGGACUGGUCCAAAAUCGGCGAGGAAGUAGCUCGUCAGAUGUGGCCAUGGAGGGACAUUAAGACCCGGCCAACACUCGACCGAGUGGUGGAGAAGCUCACAUCAGCGACGACCCAGGCGGUCGACCGAUUCACGCCCGACAUGCGCCCAACACCAUACUCUAAGAGAUGGUUUACCCCGGAUCUCAAGGUGCAGCAAGUGGAAGUCAAUCAGCUACGCAGGAGGUGGCAGGCGAGCUGCGCGGAGCUCGGACGAGACCACCCUAGCACCACGGCUGCCUUUCAGGAUAUGCGACAAAAGCGGCGAGCACAGUUCCUAGACGAAGCAGGCGAAGGGAAGCUCUGGAAAGCCGCGACCUACAUGAAGCCUCGGGAAACAUGGGGUUGUACCCCGACAUUGCGAGCUGGCUCGGAGGAGAUCACCCAGAAUGAAGACAAAGCGAAAGCUUUCCUUGACGCGUUCUGCCCUAUUAUGCACACGCCCGAGCCUGGGCCAUCGAUCUCACCGCACCCUGAGCUCUCGUGGUAUCCGAUCACGGAACUAGAGGUUGAGCGAUCACUGAGGAUAGCAAAGGGGUCGACAGCGCCAGGGGAGGACAACCUACCGAUGCUGGUCUGGAAAAAUCUAUGGGUACAUCUGAAGACCUAUAUUGUCCACAUUUUCACGGCAUGUGUAGAUUUAGGACACCAUCCAAAACAAUGGCGCAGCGCGAAGAUCAUUGUGUUACGGAAGCCAGGCAAUCCAGACUACUCGCUUUCCGGCGCCUAUCGACCAAUCUCACUGCUGAACACGCUCGGCAAGCUCCUCGAAGCAGUUAUAGCGCGACGGCUCUCCUAUCUGGCAGAAAAGCACAGCCUGCUGCCGAACAGCCAAUUCGGCGGACGCCCAGGCCGAACCACCGAGCAAGCCUUGGUGGUGCUGUCUAAUGCGAUAGACCAAGCGUGGUACAAAUACAAGGUGGUGACUUUAAUCUCAUUCGACCUCAAGGGUGCCUUCAACGGGGUGAACUGGGUGGGCCUAGAUCACUCGUUACAGGCGAGAGGGAUCCCGAUGAUAGUACGGAAGUGGAUUGCAAGCUUCAUGAGUGACCGUCAUGCCAACAUCGGAUUUGACGAUUUCCGUACAGAGACAGAGCCCCUCGCACAUGCAGGACUAGCGCAAGGAUCUCCACUCUCUCCUAUCUUGUUUGCAUUCUUCAACGCCGACCUGGUCGACCAACCUGUCGACUCCCACGGAAGCGCGUCGGCAUUCAUUGACGACUACUUCCGAUGGCGAGUAGGCCGCUCAGCCGAGGAUAACCUAGCCACCAUGCAGUCCGAAGACAUCCCUCGUAUCGAGAAGUGGGCACGGCGAACCGGAUCUAGCUUCGCUGCAGAGAAAACCGAGCUCAUACACCUCACCAGAAAGAGGGGAGAGCACCUGGAAGGGCAUCUUACCUUUAAUGGAACCGACGUUAAGCCGUCACCUACAGCAAAAUUGCUAGGGGCCAUCAAACGUGCUACCAAAACCACAAUCGCUUUAAGUGGACUACGGCAUUUGCGUCCAGAACAGAUGCGACAGCUCUACCAAGCAUGCGUCACACCUAUCGUGGACUAUGCAUCGACAGUCUGGCAUGACCCGCUUCGGGACAAGACCCACCUACGACAAUUGAACACAAUACAGAGAGCCUCAUUGAUCCGAACUCUGUCGGCAUUCAGGACGGUAGCGACAACAACGCUAGAGGUGGAAGCCUACAUACUUCCUACACACCUCCGCCUCCGCUAUCGAGCGCAACGCACCAUCGCAAGACUACACACUCUGCCUCGUGAUCACCCCAUCUGGAGUGCCCUAUCACGAGCCCAGAAACGCAGGGACAAUAUGAGAUCACGCUACAGGUUUCCCCUCGCAGAAGCUCUCAAGACCAUGGACCCGUCCAGGUUGGCAACACUGGAAUCGAUCGAUCCGAGACCACUUCCACCAUGGAGCACCGAGGCGUUCGCGGAGAUUGAGAUUGAGCCAGACCGAGAACUGGCAAAAGAGCGCGCGGACAAGGCACAGUCACAUUCCGACCUCGUCAUCUACUCAGACGCCUCAGGGCGUGAGGGCCAUCUGGGGGCUGCCGUCGUCACACUCAACGAAAACGACGAGGUCAUGGAAUCUCAACAGGCGGUCCAGAACGUGAAGAAUAAGUCGGGACAACGCAUCGUCCACGCAAUCCUCCAGGCAGCUGCCGAGGGAACGACACUGCAGAUCGACUCGCCAAAGCCGCGCAACCGGGUAAAAACCAACCCCUUUCGGCCGUCACUAUCGAGGGAGAACGCGUUUGUCCGCAGCAAUAUUUAUGCCCAGUGGGGGCAAGAGUGGAACUCAAGCGCCAAAGGUGCUCACCUACGAAAGAUGGACGGUGGCCUACCGGCGCGGUACACGAGAAAGCUCUACGGGAAUUUACCCAGGAAUCGCGCCUACCUGCUGACGCAGCUACGCACGGGUCACAACUGGUUAUCCACCUACGCGAAGAAAUUCGGCUUCCGCGAUGAUGAUCUAUGUGAAUGCGGUGCGCAGGAGACGGUCACCCACGUGCUGAUGGAAUGCCCGAGGCUCCGAGAGCUGAGGGUAGAAUUGAGACAGAAAGUUGGGGACGCGCUGAACGGCGUGUCGAGUCUGCUGGGAGGCUCAAACGAAGGAGAGCAAGGUAAACCAGACAUCGUCUCGAGGGCCAAGACGGUUCAGGCCGUAUUGGACUUCGCCGAGGCGUCACAGCGGUUUCGCAGUCGUGCGCCAUGA